AUGGAGUCAUGGCUACGCAUACUAGGAUGGAUUGAAUUCAUCUUGGCACUGCUGGUGCUCAUCUUCAUAGGCUUUGUCAUCUAUGUUAUAGCCAAGUAUAGACAUCUAGAGUUCAACAAGUACUGGAGGUCUAGGACAUUGGUCAGUGGAGCUGGUUUCAUCUGGGUGCUUGCAUUGCUUCUAGGUAAUCAAUUCCUUUGGCUUCCGGAUGGAGGUCUAUUUGGAUCCAGCACAGACAAGUACAAGUACCUGUGUAGUCUACACCUAUUCUUUACAGUUGGCAGCUUUGAGCCACUGUUCUUUGUUGUAUUCCUAUUCAUGUUUAUGUCAAAGACGAGCUACAAAAGGAGUUCAUUGUAUAUUGACGAUCCAAACUAUUAUGUUAUGAAGAGGUCGAUAUUGGCUACGAUUCCAGUGACUGUGGCGCACAUUGCCAUUCUGAUCAUUGCAUCUGCUGGCGUCACAUCGCCAUCGUCCGAGUUUUGGAACUCGUACAGCGACAGCGAAUCAAAGUGCGUCGUUCCAAUCAUAUCAACUGCAGUCUUUGCCAUAUUCUAUGCCAUCUUUCUAUUCUUCUUCUUAUUAAUAUCAAGCAGGUUCACGCGAUCACUGAUGAACAAGAACCUCAUCAGCAGAGUUAGACUUUCCUCUGCAUGCUUUGUAGUACUUCCACCUCUGGAGAUAGUCAUACGUAUACUUGUCUUUGUCCUCAAGAUCCAGGAUAAGACACAGGCACUAUUCCAUGCAUUCUUCUUAGUGGAUAUUAUAGUGAUAUUCGUUGCCAUCACCGAGUUUGCAUUGUUCCCAGUGUUGGACUCUAUUGGCUUCACAGUUUCCUUCCAAGGAUUCUCGACGAUCAAGAACUAUAGAUUGAACUAUGAGCAUAUCGACGAGAAGGACAUCAUCUCCUCUGUACAUACAUCAUCCUCAGGAGCAUCGCCUGGUGGUGCCGACCUGAAGUAUCAGGACGCAGCUUCACCUAAAUCACAUAUUACAACACAGCAGAAGCAGGCACUGAAGCAGAAGAUACUUCAAUCGCAGCAACAACAACAGAAUGAUAACAACAACAACAACAACAAUGCUGGCGGAGGUGGUGGUGUAGAGAUGGAUAGAUUCAAAAAGAAUAAGCUAAUCGAUCGUGUCAAGGAUACAGAGGAGAGCAGGAACAGUGUACCUUCGCCACUGUCCUCGUCAACAUCAAGAUCAUCAUCGCCACCACAGUCAUUGCUGCUUAGCAAUCAACAACAACAACAACAACAACCACCACAACCAGUGAUUGGCUCUGUCUCUUCAACAUCGUCAACGUCGUCGCACGAGCGCAAGAAGUCGAGACGAUUCUCGAUAUCGAUCAACCGCAAGAAGAGCAGCACAUCGCCCGAGUCGCCCAACCUGACGCCAUUGUCCACAUCGCCAUCAACCUCACCCACCAGCCGCAUACUCCAGCCCACGCCAGUCGACGACUUCAAGAGUCAACUGAUGAAGUACUCCCAGAACCAAAGGUUCUAG